CAAUGCAUGGUUUCCACUUCCUCUAUUUUCUUGCUAUUUGCCUGAGCUAUUUUCCAAUGUUUUGUUUUGAACUUUUGGGAUAUAGUUAUUCUACUUCCAUGGGUAUACCUUUUGUUUUUUUGGAAACUUUAUGUCGUUAGUGAUAGUGAAUAACUUAGAAUCUAUAAUAGUGUGCUUGCUUGUGCGAUUUAUUAAAUAAACUGAUAAAUAUUCCUCCUAGACAAUAUUUUAUUAACUGGUUAGUGGUUAAUCGUUAAUCUUUCGAAGGUGUCGGUGAAAAGAUCUACAACUUAAAUUUUGACCUUAGAUUUCUACUAAUGCUAAGAGAUUAUAACACAAUACUGGCUAUAUAGAGGUUAUAACAAAAUAUGAGUAAAGCUCCUUGGCGGCCGCAAGCCAGAGCUCCAAUCAGCAGCAGUAGGAGUGAAAUGGUCCGUUACGGCGCAGACUCUUACUCAUCAGCUGAAGAGUCAGGUGAUGAUGAAGUUGAUAAUAUCCAGAGCAAACCUUUGAGGGAUCCAAAUUGUUCUGUAUCACCAUCACAGACAAAGUGGCAAAGGGACACCAGUUCCUUGGCAAAUUACGAAUGUUACUCCACUGAUACAUCCGAGUUGACAUUGAAUGAAUCUGUAAAUGAGAGUUUUCAUAGAUCUCAAAGUUUAGAAAGAUUAUCUCAACAUAACCAUACAAACAAAGGAAAAGACAGUUCUGCCACCAUAUUAUGUUUAUCUUUAAUAACAAUAAUAGUAGGAGUUUUAGCAGCAAUAUACAUAACAAUGUUUCCAACAUUACCAUAUGAAAAUUCUGAUUUAGCUGUUACAGAACAUACACUUUUUUCAGACAAUUUAUUGUCUAUAAAGAAGAAGUAUGAAAUAAGUGAUGACUCUAUACUGCAAGUUGAAUCAGGUGUUAGAACAAUAUUUGACAAAAACAUCACAGGAUCAUUUACCUUUGUCUACAAUAGUGAAAGCAAGCAUUUCAAUCUAAAAAAAUUUGAAAAUUUUGUCAAUGAGGCUGCUUUAGUCACUGCUAGAUAUUUGCGUAAUACUGACUCCAGCAAUGGCAAGAACACAGGGGCAAUCAGACACACAGUCUUAACAGGCAGUGAUAUUGCACUGAAAAAUCAUGGCGAAUUUAUGAACAAAUACAGAAAAAACGUAGAGCAAACUGGAGUGAUGCUGGUGAAGGAUCUGGAGAUGGUGCCGUCUGAUGUGGCCAUGGCCUUCCAUUACUACUGCGACGAGUACAAUCCACUAGUCAAGAAGAGCGCUAUAUUCUUCACAAUGGACUUAGGAAAGUGUUCCAGCGACUAUGGAAAAAAGAUGCAUGCAUUCAUUGAAAAUUGUUUAAAACAAAAAUGGAGCAGCGUCUCACCUGAAAAAAUUACCCCCUUGCUCACCCGGGUUGUGACUGAAGUUAUUGAUAUUUACAGCAUAUUCCAGUGAUCACCAGUUACUAUUAAUGUGGCUUUAGAUGGUUCUUAAAUGAAAAUUUUGUACAUUUAUAAAAUAAUAAUUUAUUGUUUUUUGAAAAUUUAACUUAUACAAAGUUA